CAUUGGCGUUAAGUUCUCCAUUUUAAAUGUCUCUGGCGUUGCUCUAAUUGCAAAAUAUUCGGAUUCUAUAAAUUCCAUUCAUUUUGGUCGCAAUAGCUAGCGAACACAUUUGUAAUACAAACUGCAAAUCAUGAAAUGGCAAAUGCACUGUUUACAGAAAAUGUCGGACUCACCAAGCAAUGAUGAGUGCGUCAUAGUCGACGUGUGGCAACAUAAUAUGGAGGAGGAAUUUCGUACCAUACGAAAGGUUGUGCAGAAAUAUCAUUAUGUUGCAAUGGACACGGAAUUUCCCGGCGUUGUGGCGCGUCCCGUUGGCCAAUUUGAUUCGAUGACCGACUAUCGCUAUCAGUUAUUACGCUGCAAUGUCGACUUGCUGCGUAUCAUCCAGCUGGGACUCUCAUUCAUGGAUGACGAUGGCAACAAGCCACCCGGCUGCUCCACAUGGCAGUUCAACUUCAAGUUCAGUCUAACCAAGGAUAUGUAUGCACAUGAUUCAAUUGAGCUGCUACAUAAUGCCGGCAUACAGUUCAAGAAGCACGAAGAGGACGGCAUUAAUCCCACCGAUUUUGCUGAGCUACUAAUGAGUUCGGGCAUUGUGCUAAUGGAUAACAUUAAAUGGCUAUGCUUUCAUUCUGGCUACGAUUUUGGAUAUUUGUUAAAGAUGCUCACGGAUCAAAAUCUGCCCGUCGCCGAGAGCGAAUUUACCGAACUGUCAAAUAUAUAUUUCCCCAACAUAUUCGAUAUCAAAGAUCUGAUGAAAUCGUGCAAGAACCUUAGCGGUGGCCUCCAAAAGGUCGCUAAUCAGCUGGGCCUGCCACGCGUCGGCAACCAGCAUCAGGCCGGAUCGGAUGCCCUGCUCACCGGCAAGGCUUACUUUAAAAUGCGUGCGAUGCAGCAGGUGCCUGAGGUACAGCCAACAACCUUUGGUAUUCAGUUUCCGAUUGCCCCAUGUGCCUGAGCUCUCCAAGCACUUUUAGUCGAUUCCUCGGACAUUGCCAUUGCGAUUGCCAGAGCCUGAUGCAGUUUGCAGCUUGCAGCCAACGGCAUCAAUCGUAGCACAGCAACAACAACACGGACCACAAACACUAUUCCUUAAAUACUAAGAAUUUAUGUAUAUAUUCACCUAUAUAUUUACACAUACACAAUCCGAGAGCUGUUGUUGCUGUGCUGGUAUUUUUAUUGCAUGUAAAACAGCUCGAUUUCGUUCAAAAACAUAAUAAGUUUUCGCUAUAUCCAUCCGCUUGUAAGGUUGAAUGUUCCUUAAUUUGCACACCGUUCUCGCUCUCUCCCUCUCUCUCGCUCUCUGUCUCUCUCAUUUUUACAUUGUGUACAUACUUUCACUUUUCACCUAUUUUUUUCGUUUAAUUUCGCAGUGGUAAUGUUCCUUAUUAGUUUUAAACGCCGCUGGACGCUUACGAAAUAUGCAUUUUUGUUUGUUAUGCAGCAUGCAACAAUGUAUUUACAAAAAAAAAACAAAAAAAAGACAAUUUUAUAAAGACCAAACGAUUUUGGAGCUUUAUAGAGGAAAACAAACCACGACGUUAACAUGCGAAACAAGACUGUUAAUUUAAUGGACACUUUACAAAAGAAAAGAAAAUAAA